GAGGAAUGCAGUCGGCCCCCUGGGAAAGUACAUAUCUGGGAGGCGCUCCCUGCCCGCCGCUCGCACUCUGCCGCCGCCCCGGCCCGCACCGCCCGGCCCCGCCGCCCGCCGGCAGCUCCGCGGGGCCGCGUCUGGCACUGCUCGGCCUCGGGCUCCCGCUCGGCUCCCACCCGUCCCGGUGCUGCUCCAACUUUCCUUUCGGGUGCACUUCACGCGGGGACGCGCCCUAGCCCACCGCCACCAUGGAUGCCAUCAAGAAGAAGAUGCAGAUGCUUAAACUGGACAAGGAGAAUGCCUUGGACAGAGCCGAGCAAGCCGAAGCGGACAAGAAGGCAGCAGAGGAGAGGAGCAAGCAGCUGGAGGACGAGCUGGUGGCUCUGCAAAAGAAGCUGAAGGGCACUGAGGAUGAGCUCGACAAAUACUCCGAGUCCCUUAAAGAUGCACAGGAAAAGUUGGAACUGGCUGACAAAAAGGCCACAGAUGCUGAGAGCGAAGUAGCUUCUCUGAACAGACGCAUCCAGCUGGUUGAGGAAGAGUUGGAUCGGGCUCAGGAGCGCUUGGCUACUGCCCUGCAGAAGCUUGAGGAGGCUGAGAAGGCUGCAGAUGAGAGUGAAAGAGGAAUGAAAGUUAUUGAAAAUAGAGCCCAGAAGGAUGAAGAGAAGAUGGAAAUCCAAGAGAUCCAGCUUAAAGAAGCUAAGCACAUUGCUGAAGAGGCUGACCGCAAGUAUGAAGAGGUAGCUCGUAAGCUUGUGAUCAUUGAAAGUGACCUGGAGCGAGCUGAGGAACGUGCUGAACUAUCGGAAAGCCAAGUCCGACAGCUGGAAGAACAAUUAAGAAUAAUGGAUCAAACCUUGAAAGCAUUAAUGGCUGCAGAGGAUAAGUACUCACAGAAAGAAGACAAAUAUGAGGAGGAGAUUAAAGUCCUGACUGACAAACUGAAGGAGGCUGAGACCCGUGCUGAAUUUGCUGAGAGGUCAGUAACCAAGCUGGAGAAGAGCAUUGAUGACCUAGAAGAUGAGCUAUAUGCUCAGAAACUGAAGUACAAAGCCAUCAGCGAGGAGCUCGACCACGCUCUCAACGAUAUGACUUCCAUGUAAAUGUCUUCCCAGCUUGUGCCUGCACCUGCUUCCCUGCCCUCAUUGAUUGCGUGGUUCCGGCUUUGUGAAAUCAUACUCCCUCUGUAGCGGGAGACGCAUUUCUUUAGCGAGACUAGGUGUACAAAAUACCAUGAACAAUUUCUUUACCGUGGCAAAGUGUGGGUGAGUGUUGUGCCUAGCCUGGUAAAUACUCAUGGUGAUUUUGUAAGCUAAUCAAUGAGCUAAUGAGCUUGUGUUUACUCUUUCAGUAUGUAUCUGCAAUCCUUGUGUCUUGCAGUUGCCCUUUGUAGCUCUGCACUUAUCCUUUCAGUUCACCUCUGUUCAAGUAUUUCCUACCAGGCUCAUCAUUUUGAAUUUGCCAAAAGAUGAUAAUCUCAGUAUUCAUGUUGCAUUGAGUGUGUUUUGCCUUCACAGUUUUGCUCUGGUAAAGCUCUUAGAAGAGUUUCAAAGGAAUUUAGACUUAGCUCUGUUAAUAAUAGUGGAAUGUGUGUAUCUUAAAUAUCCUAGACUGCUCUGAAAUUUUCUGCUGUUAGCACUAAGUUACAAGUGUGAAAAAUAAGAACACUUUAUGAUUUAGACCCAUAAAAGUGACAGUUGAAGUGUAGGUUGUUUCUGCAUAUUUUGUGGAGGGUAGUAGUAAUUAAUUUAUAAAUACCAAAAUUGUGGUAAAACCAACUUUAGUUAUAAGGAGAAAAGGAACAAUCAUUUUAGGUGGGAGAAAAACAAAACGAUCAGUUGUAAGUUGUGACUAGUCCAUGCAGUGAUUCAUACACACUGACUCUUCCUGCAUUGGUGUAAAACUCUGAACAGAGGUCAGCUGUGCUAAAUCCACCUUCCCAUGCUCAUACCUUUCAUUUGCAUGAACCCUGUAAAAUUGACAUGGGAAGAGUUGUGGCUUUCUCAAGUGCUUGUGAGGUGUGAUGUCCAGUCCUAGAACUUCUUUUGGAAGCUAGCACUUCCAGCAAGACAUUAGCUCUGAGCAGGGCUUAAUAUGUAUUUUGCGUGCAUGCAUAUUUUAAAUAUUUUUUCCUUUUUUUUUUUUUAAUCCCCACAUUUCUACAUUACUUUCCUCACUGUCUUCCACAACUUAUUAGGGGUCUAAUAUUGACUGCUUUGUGUGCUUUGAUUUUUAUGUACCAGCACAUCAGUUUAGUCAGUGGCUUAUCAAACAAAUGGAUUCUUUUUUUUUUUUUUCCUCCUGUGUAUACAGAGAUUACAGUAUUUCGUCCAAUUGGGAUAUUUCCAGAUAGAAAACAGGCUUUAAAAUGUAGUCCUCUACUGGUACAUGAGGAAAUUGUAGCAUUCCAAUCCCAGCAUGGUGUGGUGUUUCACUAGCAGUCAUCCCGGCAUGCUGGAUUCUGUUGUGUGCUGCUUUUUUGGACUUUUUUUUCCUGCGCUUUUUUAUUUCCUAUCUUAUCUUACUUUUUCUUUUCAUGCAGAUAAUUUUCUUUGCUUCACUUCUCCAAAGACAUCUUCAUCAGGUUGGAUAAAACAUCUUUCCAAGCUUUUGGAUGUUUCAUGGUUCACUGUCCUGUCUUCUAGCAUACUUGACUCUAUCCUUCUAGCACCUGUCUCAGAAUAUGCUUUUUUGUGCUCUAUUGUACAGAAACUCUACAUCUCUCAAUGUAAAAUAAACAUCCCAGCUGUAUCCGUUUUGCUAUCCCCUUGCCUUUUAUUUAUUUAAAGAGCCAUUUCAGUUAUUAAUAAAAAAAAAUAUACCUUUUUUGCCAUUAGGGAUUUAAUUUUUGUUGAUGCUUCCAUUUUUCUUCUACAAACAAUUUUGGCUGCCUGUUGACAAUGCAAAGCCAGCGACAGGAGUCUAUGGGAUGAGGAUACCAUUCUUGAUAUUCUGGGGUUAAUACUGACCAGUUAUGGUCUCACUCUUUUCCUAACUAUGAUGCAGAUAAAAUGACAAAUUUAAUGUGAAUUUUUUCAGUUGUUGUUGGGCCAAAAUCUACAAAAACACUACUGCCUUAAGGUCACUUGGUCGUGGGAGCGUAGCUGAGAGCAGUUAAGCCCUUGACAUUAGAUUUUUCACUUUAAAGCCCAAAAUUUUCUCCAAGCUUGAUGCUGAAGAUUUCCUGUUUUUAUGUCAAUAUGUUUGUUCUUGAGCUUAAAUCUGAGAGAUUUAAAGGGGCAAUACCCAAAAUUCAAAAUACUUUGCAAAAAGUUUUCCCCUCUUUUGCACCUUGAUUGGUCAGUGAAGAUACUGUGUGCUUACUUUUUCAUUAGACUUUUCUUGAGUGGCAGGAUGUGAUUGAAAAUUCAGUAGAGAUUUCAGUAGAUUUUCACUCUUGUACUUAGCUCAGAUUUGUGAGUUUGAAUUCUAGACUCAUGAGAAAUGUCUUAAAAUUGGAACAGGAAACUUCUCAUUAUUAAUGUAAUAAUGUGAUGAUUCUGCUACAAUGCUACACUGAUUUCAGGUUUGAAAGCUUAAAUGUUGACUUUAAGUUGAUUUGGUAGUGCAUAGUUGAGUAUGAAACAUUAAAUAGUGACACCUUGUUUUUUUGUCGCUAUUUGCCACUAGGAAGUUUAACCUAUUUAUUUUAAUUUCAUUUUCUUCACAAUGAAAAGUAUUUUUCAGUUCACAUUCAGGUGAAUCAGUUUAAACUGAAUUGAUUUCUGAUUACACCUGUUACUGCAUAUAUUGCUAAAGUUCCUAAGUUGCAGUGGCUAAGUAAUCUCCAAACGUAGCACAGCUGAGUUCUAGUUUAUCUUGUAAAUGUGGCUUUCUUGGGAUACCUAUCAGCAAUCACAGGUUGUACAGUUACUUGAGUUCAAUAACUUAUUACUUACCAGUUAAGAUACAGUAAGUGAAUACACUUGGUGUAUUGCAACUGAAAAAUAAAAUGUUCAGUGUGAAGGUUAACCAAUUGGAUGAGCAUUUGUAAAAUGACUGAAGCUAAUGUGGUUAACUUCACACAUGCAAAUGUCAUGGGGAACAUGGUCCUGUCAUUUACCAGCUUAACCAGUGUAUGUUGUGCUACAGCGACUCCAACCCCUUAAUCUGUUGAAUUUCUUUUAUUGUCAGUAAUGUUUUUUCCUUGCAAUACUGUUGUUUCUGAAGAAGUAACAAAAGAAAAACCCAAUGUAGAAACCUAGUAAUAUUUAAAAAAAAAAAAAAAAAAAAAGGUGGAAAGUUCACAGUUGUUCUGAAUGUCAGUAUUUAAUUAAAAACUUCUGUUCAAACAUGCAUCAUCAGUCAUCUGCACUGUGGGGUGAUGAGUGCCUGGACAGAGGAUUAGAAAUGGGUAGCGAAGUGCAUAUAUCCAGGUAGCUGCCCAGAGUCCAUAGCUGGCUCUGCUACACUGAUGUUAACUCCAUGGAGCUGUUCAGGUUUCUCAGUGCACUGUACUUCAGCACGCUGUCACCCUUGGACCUGACCUGUACAGUAGACCGUACAUCCCACAAGGUCUGGCCAUGUGUAGGUAGUAGCAUACAUGAGUGGUUGACAGAAGUGCAAAGCUGGCUCUGACAUGUCAUUUGCCUGGGCUAUGUGAUGUGCAAAGGUAGCUCUGCUGAGGCUGAACUUCAGGGGUUGUGCACCAGAAGUCAAACACACUGCUUGGCCCAGGGUGGCUCCGUACAGAGCCAGGACCUUUGGCUCUAUCUGUGUGAUAAAUUGCAACCUAGCCAGACUUGUGUACAGGUAGUCAAGAGCUGACUUUAUGCUCACAACAUUUCCACACUUGACCUGGGGUUUUAGUCUCAUUUUGGAUGUUGAGAAACACUGGAAGUCUCUGCCUCAAACCAAGAGAUAGAUUAAUUCUCUGUGAUGAAGGUAAGCAUCAAGUUUGUGAUUCAAAUUCUGUUGUUGUAUUUGAAUAACAACUAAAUACAUUUUGCCAAACAAAGUAGAAUUUUUAUUAUUAUGAUGUCUUGAUGUUUUUUCCAUGUGUGUCGUAGUGUCAAAUGUUAUCCUCAUAGUAGAGACAAAAAUCCAAUUGUUACUGGACCAAGAACAGAAUUGUGAAAUGUGUCCUGCUUUUACUGAGCUGGCUGUCGGAGUUUAGGCUGUGGGGAGAAGUUGUCAGGAGCUGCCACUCAGUGCAAGUGUGUUGUAUGGAGUAACUCACUGCUUUAAAAAAACAACACAGCUUUGCUAUUGCUGUGGGCUGUUAUGUCCAAACCCCACAGGGGAAGAGGAUUUCUGUGAAAGCUGUUAAGAAUCUUGUGGAAAAGAACCAGUCUUUUCCUGUAGUGGAAUAAUCUGGGAUCAAGAGGUCAGGAGUACUGUUUGAAUCUAGACUAUUGAGACCAAUAUAGACAAUUAGAGAAAAAAUAAUCAUUAAAAACCAUCAGAGAACUUCUUUCUGCAGAACUCACUAAAUUCACUGUUGCAUCAUAGCCGUGGGUGUUCUGUUUGACCAUGGAAGUGAACCAUCUUGUCAAUUUGCUGUAUUCAAGCUGUGCAGAUUUUCCCACUUCCAUUUCACGUUCACCGAGUGUUUUGGGGUUGUCUCUUUAUAAAAAGUACCACUGGACAAUUUACAGAUAUUGAAGUGUGUUAAUAUCAGUGAUAACAAUAUGUUUACCCAUCAAAAAUACCAUUUGGGCUCUCAGAUUCCACAGUAAAGGUAUACAAUGAGAGUCAAACCUAGGGGCAGGCAGUUCAUGCUCUCAGCAUCUCUCCUGCUGUUGGUUAGACUGGUUAUGACACAGUUGCGUGCUGACAGAUGAGGUUCCACCACAUCAUGAAAAAUGCACAAAGAAAAUUGGCACUCAUAAAACAAAUCUUCCAUGCAUUGUUCAUGAAGGUUAAAGCAGGACUUUAUUCUUCUAGGAAUAUAGCUGCUGUUCUUCCAUUUGUAUUCCCAUUUGCCUGUCUCACAGCUGUUCUCUGCAUAGGAGUUUUAGCAAGUCCUGUGCAGGUUAUAGUAGCUGUUCCUUGGAGUAGCUAUUUAAUUACCAGAGUUCUAGGAAACAAAGGUAAAAUGUUUCUGUUACUGAACUGUCUGUGGUGUGACCAGUUUCUUUAUUAACUUACUUACCUGUUUUCUCUGUCUAAUCUGUCUUCAUUCUGCCUCUUUUUCCUUCUAACCUGCUUGCUGCCUGUACAGACCAACUCUACCAGCAACUUGAGCAAAACAGUCGCCUAACUAAUGAACUAAAGCUGGCACUGAAUGAGGAUUAAACUUUGUUGUGACUAUGUUGUUAACUUAUUUAAAAACUGCUUCUUCCAAAAGUUCCUCAAGAAUGAAUCAGUAAAUGUAGAAAUAAGCAAGAAACAUAAACGUUGAUUUUUCAGAUUGUUGAUUCUGUGGUAUAUUAAUGGAUUAAAUUCUAAUCUUAUUUUGGAAAAAUACACAAAUGCUCCUUCUGAGGAGGCUUUUGUAUAUCUGUAUUCACACCUCCUUCAGGUGAGCAGUGUGCUGUUACUUUGGCUGUGCAAUAGCUCCUUUCCACUUCAGUGAACACUUAACAGCACUUAGCUAAGUGUCCAGAAAGUAGCAGCCUUUCUUGUGGAGAGACCCGCUGCUUUGUUGAUGCCAUGAGUUGGCCAUGGGAGUUUUACUAGAAAGUGGAUAAGAGAAAAAUAUUCACCAGGAUUCAUGUUUCAGAACCAACACAAAGUAUACUUACAGCUGUUUUGUUAUCUGGAGACUUUAAUGCAUUAAUUUUGCAUUACUAUGAAAUGAGCUUGCAUUUAAUUUCAAAAAUAAAAAAGCUAUUGAUUUAAAAAAAAAAAAAAGGAAAAAAAAUGCUAGGAAUGAGAGCUCUACCUGAAAAUACCUGGUCAGUUUAAAGGUAUGCUUGCAUUAGUAUGAAGUUACUGUUAUUGGAUUCUGGUAUGACGCAGUUCUAAAACAGUGUGCUUAUUUAUUGUAUCAUAUAAGUGUGUUAAAAUGACAGUCCUAUAAAAAUGUGCAUGCAACAUAAAACUACUAACUUUUUAGGCUGUAGAAGAAAUACAUUUUUCAAAAGUCACUUGACUGAAGGGGAGAUUGGUUUUAAUUUCUUGGUUGUUCUUUGCAAGUUCUGAAAUAAAUUAACCUUAGUUAUGGGUCUGCAAAGAACUCAAUCAUUUUCUUCUUGCCCUAAUUAAAAAAAAAUAAAAUCCAUUCACUGUCUCAGUUUCCUAUAGCAAAGAGCUUCUAGAACACACAAGAACCUCAUCUCUGUUGGCAGUGCAUUUUAUUAACAAAUGUACCUGCAAACAGUUCUAAACUUGCAUUGUUUGCCAUUUGUUCUAUUAAUUUGGAAUUAUGUCCAGAUGGGUUGUCUGGAGAUAUCAGUAUUUAUGAGCAUGCACAUUUCUUACCUUAUAAACCCUCGAUUAGAAAUGAUCAUUGCAUGCCUUCAUAUUCUGAGAAUCAGUGCCUCUGAAGAACUACUAUUCAUGUUUUGAUUUUCUAAUCCCACAACAGAGAAAGUGGCGCAUGCCAAA